CUCGUGCACAGAGAGAUGGCAGAAAAGCUAGGAAAAGAUUUUUAUUUGUGCGUCAUUAAGUCCGCCGCGUCCAUAUAUAAUCGAUGUGUCACAGGUCAAACCGAUGAGAUACCCAUUUGCAGUCCAUCGUGCAGUCAACGGCGCGUUCUUCGGUCGAAACGCCGAGUUUUCUGCCGUCUCAUCCGGCCGCCGGAUUCGGACGCGAUUGGCCCGGUUGACACGAUAUUCACAGAGAAUCGACAGGGUCAGCGUUCCGCGGUUUCAGCCCGCCUUUGCUCUCAGCGACUAUUCCCUAUAUAUAUGGCGCGAGCAAAUGUGAGAAGGCGGCACUCGGAUUUGCCGCAUUUUGAAUCUGUGGCUAGGAUCUCGAGUCUUCCCAUCGUGGAAAGUGGCAUACACAUCGCUGGCAAUGUGUAUAGAAAAAUAAAGCGUUCAAAUUCUUUAAUGAAUUGGGGUUUGGACACGGCGGAGCAAUCAUUAGCGAUCGCAACUGCGACAGCGAGACCAGCGAUUUUUGCAUUCAAUGGACCAAUUACGACAAUCGAUCAGCUCCUGUGCAAAGGUAUCGACAUGGUUGAGCAGAGAGUGCCAUCAGUGCAUCUUCCCCCUCAUCUUAUGUAUUUGAACACGCGAGAUUAUGUAAGUAAGAAAAUUGUCAAGCCGGUUUUAAUGCGCGCCGGAAGCGUUAAGCUAAUCGGUAGUCAAGCUGCCAAUGUAGCCGUUGAUACACUGGAUGGUGCACUGACUGUUGCGGACAAGUACAUGGACCAUUACUUGCCAGGGGAUCCAGCUGAUAAAGAAGAUGUUAACCCCACUGAAAACAUGAGCAAAACGACACGAACGAUAAAACACGGAGCAAGAUUCUCGCGAAAACUACAAAAAAGAUUGACGCGACGCACUUUGGCCGAAGCUCGCGCGCUCAAAGAGCAAGGAACGGAAUGCAUCCAUGUCCUUCUAUAUGUCGUCGAAUUGAUAACCACGGACCCAAAAUUGGCGAUGCAAAAAGCAAAGGAGUUGUGGGCCACGCUGAGUCUACCUGAGCCUGAAAAUCAAGCGCGCCCGGAAACGCUCGAACAGCUUCUAGUGCUCUUGAUACGCGAAUCCUCACGGCGCAUAGUGCAUCUGGUGAAUGGCACAGCCACACUGGCAGCUAGAACUCCGCGACGUUUUGGUCAUCUACUUGUCCAACUUUCUCAUCAAUUACUCACCGUCGCGGACGCCACAUUGCAGAUGACACCACUUAUAGGUAAGAGUUCUGCAGCAAGAGAACAAAUAUCUGUCAUACGCUCUGGUAUUGAAAGGUUGAGUUCGACCGCGAAUUUAUUAUUGGAAAAAUUCGCUACAUUCUUGGCUGGUCGCCCCAGCCCUCAAAAGGUACCACGCAUGCGAAACCGCGAGCAGAACCACAAUAACCACAUGUCCGUGACUUCCAAUCCUCCAAUAAACGGUAUCGAGUAACAAGCGAGUUUCUCGCCUGAAAACUGCUACGUGCGAGUUUCUUUCCCCUUUUAGUAUGGUUUUCAAUUACAAGGUCGAAGACACGAGGAUAGAAAUCGCGCCGAGUCGCCGCUCAUUGAUUAGAAUAACAUUUCAUCGACCGCAUUUACAUCAUUACUUUUUAUGAUUUUGUAUUCGUAAUACAAUGCGCAAUACAAUAACAGAAUAUAUAUUUUAUUAUUGGCACAGUGUACCCGUGCCAUACUCAUUUUGUGCUUCUUACGUUAGUCAUUAAUGAAAACUAUUGCUCCUACAGUAAUUAAAUGUAAGUGAAAAAAUAAAGGGCCAUCUUAAUUGCGACGUUA